AUGGCAUACAAACAGCUGCCUGGGUUUGGAGUUCAGCUGCCUGAACUUACAUUUGACGGGUGGUUGGACUGGUUUGUAAAAGUUGACAAUCCACUGAUAUUCUGGAGAGCUCAGCCAACCUACAUCUUAGCGGCACUGGUAUUUCUGUUAGGUGCUGCUGGAAAUUUGGUACAUGCAAUUUUAAAUGGAGGACGAUUGCCAUACCUUUGGUUAGCUACAGUACUGCAUGGUAUUGUAGUGGAGAUUGUUACCUACAAUCUGGAAGACAUUGAUAAUUUUUGGCACUCACAGACACCAGUUAUCUUUCUGGGACGGCGCUUGCCACUUCACAUAAUUGCAUUGUAUCCUGUCUUCAUCUAUCAUGCAUCUGUUGCUGUGUCAAAGUUGAGGCUACCAACGUGGGCUGAACCAUUUGCAGUUGGCUUGACAGUGGUGCUAGUAGAUAUCCCAUAUGAUGUGGUGUCAGUGAAAUUUGCACACUGGACAUGGCAUGACACAGAUCCAAACAUUUUUGACCGCCAUUAUUGGGUGCCCUGGAACUCAUACUAUUUUCAUGCCUGCUUUGCUGCAAGCUUCACCUUUUGGUUUCAUGGCUGGAGAAGGUGGUUGUAUGCAGAUAAUCUGAGGAAAUGGGAUGUCAAUAGUGUUGUGAAGGAGCUGGUGUGUGUGGUGCUGACGGCUGUGCUUGGAAUGCCAGGUGGUGUUCUGCUAUUCUUGCCAUUAUACCACCCUCUUCAUGACCUGGCAGGUAUUCACUCCGAGGUGACAUUCUUCAUGAUCUUUACCAUCUUCUUGCUUAUAUGCUGGACUGCUGAUAGGACACCCUCCUCAGGUGCCAGGCCCUAUUCAGGACUGCAUACAUCUGAGAAGGGGCUGUCAAUCUUGCUUCUCCAUUUGGCACUCCACUAUUCUUUGUACCUGAGCUUUGUAAUUUUUGGUCAUCCAGAAGAAGAAGUUUCCAUUGGUUUGCAUGAAAGAAUUGGACCCUGCAAUGAGACAGUACCUGUCUACACUGCUUCUGGAAUAGUACUCAGUAGACGACGCUAUCUGUGUACUUCUGACUAUGAUGAAGAUUACUUUGACUUCCAUUGCUUACCCAAUGGACAAGUUCCAUCGGAAGGUAAUCGUUGGAUUCUUCCAAUCUGGACCAAGACUCCACAUCAGCAGCCACCACUGGAUUACACAGAACUAGAAAAGUAUCCAUUGCCUCCACAGCAGGUGUUUGACACAGCAGAAAUACCUUUGGAGUAUAUGGAAUUAACACACAAAAAAGAAAGUGAUCUUUAA